AUGGUCGGUUAUGUCAAUGUCGUUGACGCUGGUCUUCUCGAAUUGGCUUCCGAAGAUGAAUCAAUUUCUGAAGAUGAACCAGAAUCUAAAGAUGAGAAUCACUACCGUGGCAUGGUCCGGGUUCACCUAGAUUGCCUGUUUAAUUUCGCUGACUCUUGCGAGUAUAUGGAGUACAAACAAGUUGCUUGGGGCGAUUGGGGUAUGUAA